GAUGGCCACGCCGCAAUCCCUUCUCCUCCGUUUUCCUCUCGGGAUUUACUCCGUAGGACAGGAGUGUCACCUCUGUACAGGCCGUUCGGCCCACGACACCUUGCACAAAGUCGCUGCAGGGAGUCGGCGUCCCAAGCACACGAGCCUCCUUCCCACCUGCCAGAGCGUCUGUCUCCGCCGCCUUGUUGCAGGGGAUGAGAGGCAGGUCCGCCUCGGCCACGGGCAGCACUGCGGGGCUCUCUCGGCCUCCGUAGAGACGGGCUGACGUCACGCAGGCCACGUUGCCGGUUGCCCCGGUGACGGUUGCCAAGGCAGCGCGUGCAGGCGUCGGGGAGAGCUGACGAAUCCUCCGCGGUCCUAGAAGGGGGCAGCUGAGAGCCCGCUGGCAGGAUGGCGGCAGACGAAGGCUCACAGGACACUCUGCGCCUCCAGUUCAAGGCGAUGCAGGAAAUGCAGCACAGAAGGUUACAGAAGCAGAUGGAGAAGAAGAAGGAAAAGGAACUGAGCCUCCGAAGCACAGUCGAUGACCAGAAAGAGCCCUUGGAGAUCUCUGAUGACUUCUGCCUUCUCCUUGCAGGGGACCAAAACUCAAACACCAGUUUCGAACAGAGGGUCCUUGAGGACGAGAUUGAACAGCUUCGGAAUGAGCUCAGAGAGACAGCGGAUGAGAACGGGCGAUUGUAUAAGCUGCUGAAGGAAAGGGACUUUGAGAUCAAACACCUCAAAAAGAAAAUAGAAGAGGACAGACUUGCCUUUACAGGGACAGCUGGUUUGGCUGGAGAUGUCGUUGCCACGAAAAUCGUUGAACUGUCCAAAAAGAACCGGCUGCUGACGGCAGAGUCAGAGGGUGCAAAAGCCAAAGUGAAGCGGCUAUCCCAUCGCAUCCAGGAGCUGGAACAGGAGCUGCAGACAGCCCUGGCCAGGCUGCCAGCCAAGGGGGCCGCUGACACGGGAGCCAAGCCGCCGCGGGCCCAGACGGGAGACAAAGCCUCGCUGGAGAGCCCGGAGGUGAAGGCGCUGCAGGACAGACUGGCUGCCACAAACCUGAAGAUGAGCGACCUCCGCAACCAGAUCCAGGCUGUGAAGCAGGAGCUCCGGAUGGCCCAGAAGGUUCUGGCCAGCGAGGUUGGGGAAGACGUCAGUGUGCAGCAGCUCCUGUCCUCACCAGGGUCGUGGAGGGGUCGGGCCCAGCAAAUCCUCGUCUUGCAGAGCAAGGUCCGCGAGCUUGAGAAGCAGCUGGGGCAGACCCGGAGCCGGUCUGCAGGGACAGCCAGUGACGAGCUGCUCGUCUAUCCAGACCCGAGGAAGCUGUCGGCCCAGGAGAAGAACCUGCUGAGGCUCCGCAGCCUGGAGAGGGGGAGGCAGGAGAGCUGGGAGAAACUUGCUGGUGAGCGGGACGCCCUCCAGGGAGAGCUCGAGGAGCUGAAGAGGAAGCUGGAAGGCACGAGGUCUCGGAACAAGGUGCUGUCGAGCGAGGUGAAGACCCUCAGGAGCCAGAUGGGGACGCUGGUGGAGAAGGGCAGGCAUGACGACGAGCUCAUCGACGCCCUCAUGGGCCAGCUGAAGCAGCUGCAGGAGGUUCUGGGCAGCCUGAGUCUGCAGGAGGAGAAGACGCGAGCGACCCAGCACCGCCUGGACCAGCAGGUGAACAGCGAGACGCAGCGGAGCAGCAGCCUCGUCGCCCAGCUGCGAGCCAUGGUGGCCGAGCGCGAGGCCAAGGUGCGGCAGGUGGAGCUGGAGAUCGGGCAACUCAGUACGCAGUACCUUCGGAAUAAAGGAGUGGGCGAGGCACCCAGUGGGCCCGAGGGCAGCCCCACCUGCCCCGCGUUCCUGGAGGACCCGGGCCUCACCAAGUCCCCAGCCUCGGCCGGCGAUCAUGUCGGCAGACUCGUGCGCAACAGCUCCGUGACCAGCCUGGGCCACACGCUGGUGGAGUCUGCUCUCACAAGGCCUUCCCGGCCCAGCCCCCACGGGACCUCGCCCAGGUUCUCAGACUCCCCUGAACACAAAGGCUGGCAGGCACACGUGACAGAAAUCAAGGCCCUCUGGCAGGCGGCCGAGGUGGAGCGGGACCGACUCACAGAGUUUGUCUCUGUCCUGCAGAAACGGGUGGAGGAGAGCAACAGCAAGCUCCUGGAGUCCGAGAGGAAGCUGCAGGAGGAGCGCCACCGCUCUGUGGUGCUGGAGCAGCACCUGGAGAAGAUGCGGCUGGAGCCCGGGAGGGCACCCGCUUCGCAGAGAGCUGCACCCCGGAACAAGACAGGUCUGCCCGCCCCAGACUCCAGCCACCACCCGACUGGGAGUGAGAAGGACCCAUCCUUCACCCAGCUCUCCGACGUGCCCGUGCAAUCCCAGAUAGAGGAGCUGACCACCAGGCUGGCCAUCCAGGUGGAGGAGAAUGAGAUGCUGAAGGCCGCCCUGGGCAGCGCCGUGAAGGGGAAGGAAGAGGACUUCCGCAUGUACCACGAGACCCUGGGCCAGGUGAAAGGGGUCUUCCUGCAAGCCCUGCGGCAACAGAAGGCGGACAGGACCUAGGGCAC